GUCGGCCACUCCACCCAGUGGUCGCAGGGCCGAAAGUGGUGAACCAGGGCUCCGUGACCAGAGUGAGCGAUGGUCAAUGAGGUCAUCUAGAGGUCGGGAUGCGUCGGCAGAUAGUUACACGGGAGUAGAAUCAAUAACAGACCAGUCGCCGUCACUUACUCCUUUUCACCUUGCAAACACGCAGCCG